AUGCGCUUGCGUCGCAGUGGAACGUUUUUCCCGCAAGGCCGCCGGCUCUCUGAAGCGUCUCAACCGCAAAUAGAUAGAGUGGAAGAUGGCCUCUCUUCAGGCAAGGAGGACGGGCUGCGCCACCGGAGUGACGAACAGCUGAUGGCUGAUGUCGCCAGAGUGCGGUCUUUCAUUGGAUGCUGCGUCAAGGGCUGGGAGAAACUCCCGGCAGACGCAAUAGACGUUACGGUUCUCUCCGGGGGGUUGAGCAAUCGGCUUUUCGCAGUUGAAGCUGUCCCGCCCGUGCCGUCGGGUAACGGGAACGACCCGGAUGCAGACGAAAGACAACCCCGGCAACACAGGCACUGCCCGUGCGACAGUCGGAAAGAGCAAUCUUCGACCGCCCCAGACUCCAGGUCGCCUUACCCGGCGUGGGACGCCACUACCCCCCCGCAACGAGUGCUCGUUCGCCUCUACGGUCAUGGCCAAGAACACUCUUUUUUUGACGCAUCUGAAGAACGCCGGGUGUUCAAAAUUCUGGGCGAGCUGGGCAUCGCACCGAAAUGCCUGGCUGAGUUCCCAGGUGGUAGGGUCGAGACUUGGAUCACGGGCGAAGCCCUGAAACGGACGGAUUUGCAGAACGAAGCGGUGCAGUCCCGGAUCGCUACCAUUCUCGGAAACUUCCACCAAAUUGGCCUUCCGCGAUCGUCGGAAAGUGCUUCCGCGGCCGACCCUGCUUGGUGUCGAUGGGUUCAGCAAUUGCCAAAGGUGUUCUCGGAGCGCAUCGACAGCGAGGAAUGCCAAGCUGAGCAUGCCCGGCCCCGUUGCGACUUCGCGUUCUGCCGCCUCGAUGCCUGGGGCGCAACUGCAAGGGAAGGGCCGGCAAUGAGGCUCUUAACCAGAUCUCAGAUUCCCGCUUUAAAGGUAGCCCUCUCUCGAGAGGCGUCGCCUGACGCCCACGAGGCCGGUGUCGUUACACCUGUGGUCGCCGGGCCUUUGUCGCUGUUGUCGGACGCGGAGAAACGCCGGCUGGACGAAGUCGGCCUGGUCCAGUAUUACCAGGAAGAAGCGAAGAAACUCGAGCAGGUGGUGCUCGCGCGCGUGGCGCACGAACUGGAACCGCAGCGAUUAAAGGCCGUGUACGGCUCUGCGGAUGCAUGGCAGCUGCUCUCAGGUGCGUCUGUUGUGUUUUCACACAACGACGUGCAAGAGAACAAUGUGAUACAGUAUGAAGACGGCAGGCUGCAGUUGAUCGAUUUCGAGUACUCCGGCAGGAAUUUCCGAAGCUAUGACAUGGGCAACUUGUUUCGCGAGAUGACGAUAGACUAUGCGGACGUCGAAGGUUACCCCUUUUUCGUCGUCGACAUGAGCGACUAUCCGUCACUGCCGACGCGACAGCGUUUCAUCAGAGCCUACUUGGAAAACCUGCUGAGCGUCUACGGUCCAGUGUCGGGUGCUUCGAAAGCCGUUCCACAUGGAACGGUUUCAAAGACUGUCGUGGACAACUUUGAAGUUAUGGUUGAGCUCACCGGCCUGGUCUCCGAUCUUCUCUGGGCCUUUUGGUCUCUUACUCAGAUGCCGGAAGUCGAACCGUUGGACGAGUUUUCCCACGUGCAGUACGCAUUGGCUCGGUUGACGAUGUAUGAGCACAAGAAAAACGAACUCGUUCGGCGCGGUCUCUUCCCGGCUCGAGGUUGA